AUGCAAGAUGGUAAAAGAAUGGUAUCACUGUUGCUGGAGGGAAUGGAUAUGAAGGGAACAAAUCAACUCUGGAACCCGUGGAGUUUGUACGUCGACGAUGAUCAAACGAUUUAUGUCGCUGAUCAUAGUAAUCAACGUAUUGUGGAAUGGAAACCUGGUGCAACGAAUGGGACAGUGGUUGCUAGUGUAAAUGAAGCUCAUCAAUUAAAUGGUCCAAUAGAUGUGAUUAUUGACAAAGAAAGCGAUAGUCUUAUCAUCUCCGAUUACAGGAAUAAAAGAGUAGUGCGAUGGCCUCGUCACAAUGGUACUCGCGGAGAAGUAAUUAUUUCAAAUAUCUCUUCAUUCGGUUUGACAAUGGACGAUAAUGGAUUUCUCUAUGUCGUUCAUGAUGAAAAAUAUGAAGUGAGACGAUAUAAAAUUGGUGACACUCAAGAAACAGUAGUUGCCGGUGACAAUGGACAAGGAAAUCGUCUCGAUCAACUCUCUGGUCCCCGCUACGUAUCUGUUGAUCGAGAUCAUUUAGUUUAUGUGUCUGAUUAUAAAAAUCAUCGUGUAAUGAGAUGGGAAGAAGGUACAAAACAAGGCAUUGUCGUAGCCAGUGGUCAAGGAAUAGGAAAUAGGCUAGGAUCCUAA